GAUGUCACCCACAGGCCGAGCAGCCCAAAGUGCUGAGUGCCGUGGAGGACCGCAUGGACGAGCUGGGCGCCGGCAUUGCCCAGUCCCGGCGGACCGUGGCCCUCAUCAAGAGCGCAGCGGUGGCUGAGCGGGAGAGGGUGAGCCAGCUGUUUGCGGAGGCUGCAGCCACCCUGCAGGGGUUCCAGAAGGAGGUGCUGGGCUUCAUCGAGGAGGGGGAGAGCGCCAUGCUGAGCCGCUCCUGGGGCAACCUUCAGUGGCUGGAGGAAUAGCAUAGCAGGCAGCGGGCCUGACACAACCUUAGCCAGGCCCCUGAGGCCAACUCAGUCCAGCUUCCUGAGCUGCUGGCACUCAGGCUGGCCCUGGAGGAGGGGUGCGGCCCUGGGCCUGGACCCCCGCGGGAGCUCGGCUUCACCAAGUCAUCCCAGGCUGUGAAGGCGGUGAGAGAGGCGCUGGCCGCGGCCUGUGCCAGCCAGUGGGGGCAGCUGCGGGGGCUGAGUGGUGACGAGGACGGGCCGCACAAGCUCGGCCCAGAAGCCGAUGCUGAGUCCCAGGACCCAGAUACCAGCAGCCACCUGGACAGCGAGGUGCCCCGGGAUUACUUCCUCAAGUUUGCCUACAUCGUGGACCUGGACAGUGACACGGCGGACAAGUUCCUGCAGCUGUUCGGCACGAAAGGCGUGAAGAGGGUGCUGUGUCCCAUCAGCUACCCCGAGUCCCCCACCCGCUUCACGCACUGCGAGCAGGUGCUGGGCGAGGGCGCCCUGGACCGGGGCACCUACUACUGGGAGGUGGAGAUCAUCGAGGGCUGGGUCAGCGUGGGCGUCAUGGCCGAAGAUUUCUCCCCACAAGAGCCCUACGACCGGGGCCGGCUGGGCCGCAACGCCCACUCCUGCUGCCUGCAGUGGAACGGACGCGGCUUCUCCGUCUGGUUCCACGGGCAGGAGGCGCCCCUGCCGCACGCCUUCUCGCCCACGGUUGGGGUCUGCCUGGAAUAUGCCGACCGAGCCCUGGCCUUCUACGCCAGCGUCCUGGACAGCCACUUCCCGGGGCUCUUCAGGAGCCGGCUGAAGCCCGCCUUCUUCCUGGAGAGCGUGGACGCCCACCUGCAGAUCGGGCCGCUCAAGAAGUCCUGCAUAUCCGUGCUCAAGAGGAGGUAAUGCGGGCGCCGGGCCUCGGCCGCUGCCUCGGCUCCUGGCAUUUGCGACUCCGCAGCCCACGCGUCCUCAGUCCUCAGCAGCCUCAUUUCUAAAAGAACCCUUGGCCUCCCAGACCCUCUCAAGUGCCUCUCAGACCCCCCUCCCCCCACUGCCGGCCUUGUUUCCGGGAGAGAGAGCCACAGCCAGGACAGAUCCAGGCUAUUCCAAGCCCUCCCUUUCCAGGUGCCUAGGACAGUGCUUGGCACACAGUAGGUGCUCAAUAAACACUUGUUGAAUGAA